CAUCCUGUAGCUGUGGCUGGCAUGUGGGCGUGUCCGGGGAGGGCUGGAGGGGCGGAGCCAGGUCUGCAGUAGACGUGCAUGGCACUAGUCGGGGACAGCUCAGCAGAGGAAGCCAGCGGAGGGUGCAGGGUGGGCGGCUGCAGCGGCUACUGAUGGUGGCGGAGCGGGAGGACAGCGACCAGUACCGACUACAGCGCGUGUGAUCCGGGCAUAGGAUGGCAGAGGGCGUCCAGGAGGGGAGCGGGAGCCCCGCGGCAGUGCCACCCCCCGUGCCCCCCGAGGAGCCGGGGAUGAUCAGUGUGGAUUUCGUCGGACUCUUCUAUCAGUUUGCCAAGACUUUCGUGCUGAUCUUCCCGGUGUACGUGCUGGGAUACCUGGGGUUAAGCUUCAGCUGGCUGCUCAUCGCCCUGCUCUGCCUUAUGUGGUUCAGGAAGAAUAAAGGGGGGAAGAGCUCCCGACUACACCGGGCGCUGGCAUUCCUGGAGAACGAGGAGAAGGCGGUGAAGCACAGCAUCAGCCACGCCGACCUGCCCGCUUGGGUCCAUUUCCCUGAUGUUGAAAGAGCUGAAUGGCUAAACAAGACGGUCAAACACAUGUGGCCCUUUAUCUGCCAGUUCAUAGACAAGUUGUUUAGAGAGACCAUAGCACCGGCGGUCAGAGGAGCCAAUGCCCACCUGAGUACAUUCAAUUUUACCAAGAUUGACAUGGGCACGCAGCCACUAAGGGUGAAUGGCGUCAAAGUGUACACGGAGAAUGUGGACAAGAGGCAGAUUAUCCUGGAUCUCCAGAUCAGUUUUGUAGGAAACACAGAAAUUGAUUUGGAGAUUAAAAGAUAUUUCUGCAGAGCCGGAGUGAAAAGUAUUCAGCUCCACGGUACAGUAAGAGUCAUACUGGAGCCAUUGCUUGGAGACAUACCAAUAAUCGGGGCACUGUCUUUAUUUUUCCUGAAGAAACCGCUCCUAGAUAUCAACUGGACAGGACUUACCAAUCUGUUGGAUAUUCCUGGUCUGAACGGAGUCUCUGAUACAAUAAUUUUGGAUAUUAUUUCCAACCACUUGGUUCUUCCCAAUCGCAUCACUGUUCCGCUUGUAAGUGACCUGCAGAUUGCACAGCUACGCUUCCCUAUUCCCAAGGGAGUUUUGAGGAUACAUUUUAUUGAAGCUCAGGAUCUGAUGUGGAAGGACACGUACAUGAAAGGACUUGUGAAAGGGAAGUCUGACCCGUACGGCGUCAUCAGGAUCGGCAAUCAGGUGUUCCAGAGCAAAGUUAUCAAAGAGAAUCUAAACCCCAAGUGGAAUGAAGUAUAUGAGGCCUUAAUCUAUGAGCACCCUGGCCAAGAGCUGGAGAUAGAACUCUUUGAUGAAGAUACAGAUAAGGAUGAUUUCUUGGGCAACCUUUUGAUCGAUCUGACUGAAGUGGAGAAAGAAAGAGUUGUAGAUGAGUGGUUUGUUCUCGAUGAAGCAACCUCUGGAAAACUCCAUUUAAAGCUAGAGUGGCUUACCCCUAAGUCCACCACUGAGAACCUGGACAAGGUACUGACCAGCAUUAAAGCUGACAAGGACCAGGCAGACGACGGCCUUUCUGCGGCUCUGCUUAUUCUCUACCUGGAUUCAGCCAGAAAUUUGCCUAAUAAUCCAUUAGAACUUAACCAGGAUGGCAUGAAGAAGUCUGCUCUUGACAAAGCUAAAAAGAUGACCCUAACCCGCGAUCAAGAGAUCUCAUCAGGAUGGAACAGCUCCGGGAAGAAAAUUGGCAGCACUCCUAAUCCUUAUGUGCUGUUUUCUCUGGGUCAUCAUGUCCAAGAAAGCAAGGUAAAACACAAGACCAUCGAGCCAGUGUGGGAACAGACGUUUACUUUCUUUGUCCACAAUCCUAAAAGACAAGACCUUGAAAUAGAAGUCAGGGAUGAGUAUCAUCAAAGUUCCAUGGGAAACCUGAAGAUUCCAUUGAGUCAGCUGCUGACAAAGGAAGACAUGACCAUCAACCAGAGGUUUCAGCUGAAUAACUCCGGUCCUAACAGCGUCAUCAACAUGAAGAUUGCACUAAGGAUCCUGUAUGUGGAUAGACCUGUGCGUUCUCCUGAUGAACAGCAUACCUCGCAAGUCAAGAGACCAUCAAUAUUCAAAGGGAAGUCAACUCCACCCACGCCAACCACACCAUCGGCUGUACCAGAAGUACAGAGGCCUGCGCAGAAGCCUCCACCGACACCUAAAAUGGAUACAAAUAAAAAGAUUGAAAAUGGGGAAAAAGAGAGUCCUAAGAAUGCUAGUCCUCAGAGACCAACCGAGCUGCACAAAAGCUCCUCCAGCCUCUCAGGUUCCAGCUUUACAUAUUCACCUUCACAUCUGUCUAUGAAGGAACCCACACCCAGCAUCGCCUCCGAUAUAUCUUUGCCCAUAGCCACACAGGAGCUCCGGCAGCGACUGCGGCAGCUUCAGAACGGGACAUCCUUGGGACAAUCCCCUCUAGGACAGAUCCAGUUAACUCUUCGUCACAGCUCUCACAGAAAUAAGCUGAUGGUUGUUGUACAUUCCUGCAGAAACCUUAUAGCAUUCUCUGAAGACGGGUCUGAUCCAUAUGUGAGAAUGUAUUUAUUACCAGACAAACGGCGAUCAGGAAGAAGAAAAACCCACGCGUAUAAGAAGACGUUAAAUCCUGUGUUCGAUCAAACAUUUGAGUUUAAUGUGUCACUGCCUGAUCUACCGAGGAGAACACUAGAUGUUGCUGUAAAGAAUAGCGGGGGAUUUUUAUCUAGAGACAAAGGUUUGCUUGGAAAGUUAUUACUCGAUCUAAAUGCAGAAGAAAUUGCCAAAGGUUGGACGCAAUGGUAUGACUUAACCGAGGACGGUCGGCCAUCAGCCUCUACCUAACUCUUCGGAGGCGUCACAAAACACCUCCUAUCUGCAACUACGUAUGAUCAGUGCAUCAUGCUCACAGGAUUUAUCAUAUAUAUAUUUUUUUUAUAGAACACUUAUUUCAUUACCCAACUUCGCACUCGGUUUUUAACUUUUUUUUAAUUGUUUUGCAGACUUUGGUAAAUCUUGUAAUUGGGCUUAAGUAGCUGUUCAGCUUUACCUUGUGUCUAAUAAUGUGCAAUAGGGUGUUUUAACUGCAUUAAAAUAUAAAGUAUGUUUAUCCUUUUAUAAACCCGGGAAAUGUUUUAGUUAUUUUUGUUUUGUUUUUUAUGUUUUGCUUACCGCUGGUGGAGUUUUGUACUUUGCCUAUGUGCACCAUGUAAAUAUGUACUAUUAUUAUAUUUUAUAUUAUUUGUC